UCCCAGUGUUCCCCUUGUGUUGUUGUGAUGAAAAAUGUCAACAAAACGAACAACACCGGCUCUUGCAUUGGUUCCUUUUUCUUUUUGCAUCAAUUUACUGCCGCUUUGCCGUAUCUGUGAAUUAUUAUCAGGCCCGCAGUAGGAAGAUUAACCAUUCGUUAUGUUGGGCCUGAAAAGCUACCGGUUUAUACGCAAUUUAGCUAAAAGUAUACCAUCAUUUCUUUCCCGCGAUUGUACAACCACACCAGAGAGCACUGGAACAGAUCAACAAAUGGCAAACCCCCACCCGGAAGAACCAAUCGUCGUCGAGAAGGAAAACAACAUCACGCUGAUCGGUAUCAACCGGCCGAAGGUGAGAAAUGCCAUCGAUUCUAUAACGGGCCGAAAGCUAUCGGCCGCAAUAGCAGAGUUCGAGAACGACCCAAAGGCGGACGUCGGUGUGCUGCACGGCAUCGGAGGCAGCUUCUGCUCCGGGUACGAUCUGAGCGAGCUGGCCGGGCAGCAAGAACCACAGCAGACACUGUCGAUCGUGCACCAUCCGGAAGGGGUGAUGGGUCCGACGAGACGCAUGAUCCGGAAACCGCUGGUCUGUGCCAUUACCGGGUACUGUGUGGCCGGUGGGCUGGAGCUGGCGUUGAUGUGCGAUCUGCGCGUAAUGGAGGAGAAUGCCGUGCUGGGGUUCUUGAAUCGCCGAUUCGGCGUUCCGUUGAUUGACGGCGGCACGGUCCGCCUGCCGGCACUGAUCGGGCUUUCGCGGGCGCUGGAUCUGAUCCUUACCGGUAGGACCGUUACCGCUAAGGAAGCGCUCGACAUUGGCCUCGUGAAUCGUGUCGUGGCGGUCGGGGCAGGCCUUGGCCAGGCGUACAAUCUGGCGAUGAGCAUCGCUAAGUAUCCGCAGCUCUGCAUCCGGCACGAUCGGGAUGCCGCGUACUAUGGUACGUUUUCGGCGGAAUCCUUCGAGCAGGCACUGGAACGGGAGGCUGCGAACGUUACGGUGGAGCUGCUGCAGGAAGCGAAGGAGGGGGCGGACAAAUUUCGGCAAGGAAUCGGUCGCGGCGGUAGCUUUAGCGGGAUCAAGGAGCGCAAGCUGCCGGAUUGGGAACGGGCGGAGAUGAAGCACGAAUCGAAACUUUAGGCCUAUGGGUGGGUGGGCUGGUUGGUAGGUGUAGUAGGCUGUGGAAGAAAUUGAUUUUUUUAAACAGUGUACAGUGCGAGGGUGCAUAGAGAAAGUUGGAAUGUAGUGCUACUGUAAUUACGAAAUUGUUAAGUUUGCCACAUGUUAACAGUUUGGAGAUAAGGAAAACACACGCAUAAAGGUAUGUAUAAUUAAGGGAAGAAAGAAGUAUCUUUAUGGAAAAAGAGAUAUUAGAAAGAAAAAAGGAAUUUUGCCUCUCCCCGACGGGGAAUCGAACCCCGGUCUCCCGCGUGACAGGCGGGGAUACUGACCACUAUACUAUCGAGGACAUGUGUUGAGGGCAGUGCUAUUUUCGGAUUGGAUGUCGAUGUCUGCCAUGUUGGGCUGAAUGGAGAAAUGGGAUGGAGAAAAAAAACCCGACAUUGAACCACACAUUGUCCGCCAAAAGUGAUUUGUCAUCAGAAGGAAAAGAAAGCAAAUGAAAACACCACAAUUUAUCUAACAAUUGGUUUACUAAAAGAUCCUUUUCUUGAACCAAUCUGAGCCUCAACGGUCAGUUGUCACAUUCUUGUUCACGUGUACCAUCCACAUGCAUACACACACACAUACAUAGGGUUUACUGAAAGGGUGUUCUUAUUGGAAGAGACAUUCAUUUCCACAUUCACAUAAUUUCCUUUUUCUCAAACCCCCGUCGAGUGUAAGUGAUUUUAGCCGACAAGCUGCUUGAUCUACACAAACAACGAGAAUAGGGGGGACACAGUGUGUUUUUUUUUCUUGUUUUAAUAAUAAUGCAUAUAAUCUACAUCUAGGACAGUGGAUUUCUACUAACAGACACAGUGUGUGAGAGUUAAUCGCUUCUGCUCCUAAAAAGGCAUGCCACUCUGUUUAUCUCUCUCUCUCUCUCUCUCUCUCUCUCUUUCUACGUAGCGAGCACGUGUUUGAGGUCACGAUUUAGUGUGGAAACAUGGAAAAGUUAG